CAAGUUCGGAUCUUGUCUAAACGAAAUUUAUUUAAAAAGAAAAAACGAUACAACGAAUACGUGAACACAAAAAAAAAUUUUAAAAUGCAACGAUUAGUGAUAUUAUUACUGUGUGCAGUUGCCGUAACUGUAUCUGGUCGCGCUUUAAUCGAUGAUACAUGUAAGACAGCCGGUUUCUUUCCAUUGAUCGAUAAUACACCAGAAUUUUACGGUUGCUAUCAAAAUAAAGCCGGUGGUUUGACAAUUAAAUAUUUAACAUGUCGUCAGGGACAAGUUUUCAAUUCACAGAUUGGCUACUGUGUACCAGUGAAAAAUUAUGGUAACAAAUCUGAGAAUAACUUACACGCAGCUUCAGAUGGUUCAGAUAUUGAAAAUCCUACUAUACCAACAACAACGCCUAGUGAUAUUGAAAAUCCAACUGUGCCAACAACAACAUCAAAACCUGCAACUGGUACUACAGGUAAAUUUGAUGAAUCUACUCCAGUAGAUACAACUGCAGCUCCUGAUACAACUGAGGGGCCUGAGGAUACAACCGAAAACCCUGAAACGACAGAGGAACCAGAAACAACAGAAAAACCAGAAACUACAGAGGAACCAGAAACAACUGAGCAACCAGAAACAACUGAAGAUCCAGAAACAACUGAAGAUCCAGAAACAACAGAAGAUCCAGAAACAACAGAAGACCCAGAAACUACCGAAGAACCAGAUACCACUGAGAAACCAGAUACUACUGAGGAGCCAGAAACAACUGAAGAACCAGAAACAACAGAAGAACCAGAUACUACUGAGAAACCGGAUACCACUGAGAAACCAGAUACUACUGAGGAGCCAGAAACAACUGAAGAACCAGAAACAACAGAAAAACCAGAAACAACCGAAAAACCAGAUACUACUGAGAAACCGGACACCACUGAAGAACCAGAAACAACAGAAGAGCCAGGAACAACAGAAGAUAUAGAAACAACAGAAGAGCCAGAUACGACUGAGGAACCAGAAACAACAGAAAAACCGACUACAACAGAACCAGAAACAACAGAAGAUCCAGAAACAACAGAACCAGAAACAACUGAAAAACCAGAAACGACAGAAAAACCAGAAACAACAGAAGAAACAACAGAACAAACAACAGAAGAAACAACAGAAGAAACAACAGAAAAACCAACAGAAGAAACAACAGAAAAACCAACAGAAGAAACAACAGAAACACCAACAGAAAAAACAACAGAAGGACCAACAGAAGAAACAACAAAAGAAACAACAGACGAAACAACUGAAGAAACAACAGAAGAAACAACUGAAGAAACAACAGAAAAAACAACUGAAGAAACAACAGAAGAAACAGAGACAACAGCAGAUCCGAAAACAACUCCAGAUCCUAAACCCACAGAAACUACAGUUGAUCCAGCAACACCUACAGAAACCACAGUUACUGAUCCAUCAGGGUCAACUACUCCUAAGCCACUGAACUGUCCAACCGAAGGUUUUUUCCCUCAGAACGGGUCCUGCAAUAAAUUUAUAUAUUGCGCAUAUAUCAACAACACAUACACAGCAUAUGAAUUUACUUGUCCAGCUGGCCAGAACUAUAAUCCAGUAGAAGGUUUUUGUGAAUCUGCUUAUACGGGAUGUGACGCAGGAAACACGGAAGUAAAUUUAGUGCAUGAAUUGCAACGCGAUUAUAAUUGCUUAGUUGAAGGUGCCUUCCCCGAUUCUGAUAACUGCAAUAAAUACUAUAAAUGUUGGUGGAACGCAGAAGUAAAAGCAUAUGAGUACACAACUGAAAACUGUCCAUCUGGUGAAGUGUUCCAUCUAAUAACUGGUCAAUGUGCUCGUGAAGGGAUUUUGACAUGUUUGGGGCGCGCAGGUGGUUCGAAAUUUGGUGGAAAACUGUAAAUUACAUACCUAAUAUCAAGUCUUUAAAUUACGUAUACAAUAUGUAUAUACAAACACAUACUCGUAUAUAACGAAUUUAUUAUAUUACCUGAAAUAUACAUAAUUAAACUAAAUAAAUUAUUUAUUUUUAUAAAUUUAAAACGAAACGAAAUAUUAUUUGUUAAUUAUUGUCAAAAGAUAGCUGUUUAUUGGAUGCCUGAAUGGAGUUGCUUAGCCAAGUCUUGGUAGAAAUGUCUCAGUACAUUUACUGAAGCACUUGAAGCUGUCUUAACAUACGAGUAUUUGGUUGUAUAUUUUGAAUAACUGCAAUCAGUUUUCUCUACACGAGUACUUCAAAUUUAUACUUAAAUAAAAAAUUUGACGAAAUAAUUAUGAAGAUUAUCAACGAUUUGGACGUGAUUUCAGCGCAUUUAUUACGAUACGGCUUUGUUCCUCACUGCUGGCUGAAAUUAGUUUUCAUAAGAAUUUUAAUUGAUUUUAUCGUUGAUAUUAUUAAAAAAAACUAUAAACAAUA